UCUUAAUAGUGCGGAGGGAUAUAAUGAGGCGGUGGUUCGUCCUGUUUCUUGCACGCCUCGUUCAAGCAGCAGCUCAUUUCUUCUGUCUGUGUAGCUUAACACACCAACCUUCGCCUCUCAAUCAGACAUGGCUGAUCAACUAACAGAAGAACAGAUUGCUGAGUUCAAGGAGGCGUUCUCCUUGUUUGACAAAGAUGGAGAUGGAACCAUCACCACUAAAGAGCUGGGGACUGUCAUGAGGUCGUUGGGUCAAAAUCCAACUGAAGCUGAUCUUCAAGACAUGAUCAACGAGGUCGAUGCUGAUGGUAACGGGACCAUUGACUUUCCUGAAUUUCUGACGAUGAUGGCGAGAAAAAUGAAGGAUACAGACAGUGAGGAAGAGAUCAGAGAGGCAUUCAGAGUUUUUGAUAAGGAUGGCAAUGGCUAUAUCAGUGCAGCAGAACUGCGUCACGUAAUGACAAAUCUGGGAGAGAAGCUAACAGAUGAAGAAGUGGAUGAAAUGAUCAGAGAAGCAGACAUCGAUGGAGACGGCCAGGUCAACUAUGAAGAGUUUGUUCAAAUGAUGACCAACAAAUAAACGGACUAUCAUAGACGAUCAGUUAAAACAAUUCAUACCUCUUAUUGCAAAAUGUCCAUUUAUUCAUACUUUAUAGACAACUUAAACUGAAGUCACAAUUUACAUACCUCAUGUUGCUAAAGGCCCAUAUUUAUUCAUACUUUAUAGACAACUUAAACUGAAGUCACAAUUUACAUACCUCAUGUUGCUAAAGGCCCAUAUUUAUUCAUAUUUUAUAGACAACUUAAAUUGAAUGUGAAAUCUGUUCAUUUACAACAAGCUCAAAUAUGGACAAAACCAAAAUGAAUCUGCAUGUACUGACUUGUGUUUUGCUCUGCCUCAGUGCUGAGCUGACCAAUCAGAUCCAACCCUUUAGCAGCCUCUGCAGCUGGCCUGUUCAGCCUCUGCUUUUCUGCUUCUGGUUCCAUCUGCCUGAUCACUAUUUGUUUCUAUUCUUUUCUAUAACUUACUGUAUUAUUUAUGUUUCCAUGCAUGCAGCUUUAGUUGGGUUACUGUUGAGCCUAGUGGCAAAAGGCUGUAAAGGCUGUGAGAGUCAGGUUAGUUUGGGGCCUUUAUGGGAGGGUGAAAGCCAGUUGGUGAUGGCAGGUAUUUAUAAGAAAAUAUUAAAAUGGAAUAAAAUCAUUUUAGAUUCUGUGCUUCUAGCAUGCCCAGAUAAAUGCUUUAUCUUUCGUGUUUACCUUUUUGGAGGAUGAUGCCCCAACGGGGCAUUGAUUAUGACCCUAUGGACAGUGGUGUAUUCUGUCUGAGGGGUGGGAGGGAUUUAAGGUGAUGAGGUACAACAGCAAUCUUCAGGGCAGUACCAGUCUCUUACAGUAUAAUUAUGAAUGAAUGGCCUCUGUUUACAUGUAAUCAUAGUGUUGUGCAUGCACAGAAACGGUGUACUGCCCCAAACAUUGCAUUUGUCUCAUUGUCUUUAGGGGAUGUUUCACGGGGACUGUGCUUUGCAGCAUUUAUAUCUUGUGUGCAGGUGAAUGUAUGUGUGUAUGUGUGUGCGGAGAGAAUUGUCUCAGUCCAACUGGUCUGCUCUGUUCAGUUCAGUUGAUCUGCAUUCCAAGUGUACAUGCUAGUCUUAACAUUUUGUUUUUCCAAUAAAAUACCAUGAACUCAAA